ACUAUGGCAUAUGGGUGAACAUUUGUAGGUGGAAUCAAGAUUAUAUAAGAAGUUAAACACCAUAGUGUCCUUAAGUCGUUGAAGUGUAGUUAGCGCAACUAGUCGUUUGCUGUUCAAGAGAGAUUUGGAUCACUUUCAAUAAGGGCAGUGCAGUCAAGUGUGCUGAAUGUCUGACGAGUUUACAAGACGUUCAUUUCCUGACCCCUAUGCGACCCUAGGAAUAAAACGAGCUGCAACACCUGAUGAGGUAAAGAAAGCCUAUCGAAGGCUCGCCCUCAAAUGGCACCCCGACAAAAAUCCAAACAACCUUAAGGAGGCCGAGCAACGUUUUAAAGAAAUCUCCCAAGCCUAUGAAAUCCUGUCUGUUGAAAAGAAGCGUUUUAUCUACGAUAAGCACAAUGAGCGGUGGGGUCCUGGAAAAGACAACCCCAAAUCGAGCACUGACCCCAACCACGGAUGGAAAGAGUUUGAGGAGUUGUUGGCUUCGUUCGACAUCCGUAAGCCAGAAGAUAUAUUUAAAGAUUUCUUUCAAGAUGAGCAGCUAGCCAAAGAUUUAGCAGAGCUCUGUGGCAAAGCGAUAAGCUGUGUUGUCUCGUCUGUCGCGGAAAAUCUGAGAAAGCACCUGAACUCCCACGUUGUUCUCAUUCAAAAGAGAACGCAGGCGCUCGCGUGCUGGCGUCCCACACUCAACGAACAUAGAGAUUCCUUGGGCCAACAUCGAAUGGCUCAUACCAGAGCAUUUACGAGACUACCACAACGUGACCUCUACGCCGUUCUCGGAGUAAAGCGAACCGCAACAUCUGAAGAAGUGAAAAAAGCGUAUCGAAAACUUGCCCUUAGGUGGCAUCCGGAUAAGAAUCCACACAAUCGCGAAGAAGCAGAGCGACGUUUUAAGGAAAUCUCUGAAGCCUACGAAAUUUUGUCUGACGAAAGGAAACGCCGUAUCUAUGAUGCCUAUGGAGGGCACCGUGGUAUUCCGGCCAGUGGUUCUGUCCGAGCGGCCACCAGCAGUCCUUGGCCUAGUUCAUACAGCAGCCGAGUGUGGGACAAAGAUAUAGAGGAGUUUUUAGCUUCAUUUCGGUUCCGGAAUCCAGAGGAUGUGUUUAAGGAGUUCUUUCGGGACGACAACUUCAGCGACCUUGCCAGCUUCUUCGGCAAAACAAUCAGGAUUAAUAUACAGUCGGGGCCACAAACAAGGCCUGGCUAUCGUUCCCCACAUUAUCACAGAAAUGCUACAAACCCUUUUGCUAGAACGAGCACGCAGUCACCAAGCAGCAGUUCGCCUAGCGACCCAUCCCCAAAGACAAGAAGUUCAACGCGAAUGGCUAAAAUGACGAGCGUGCAUUUCGUAAAUGGCCGAAGGAUCGAAACCACUCGGUACAUGGAAGGCGGGAAGGAAAUUGUUAUCACUAAGGAGGAUGGCGUCGUGACAAAGAAAACUAUUAAUGGCAAGCCGGAACCACUAUAGUUGGAGUUAAUGCGAGCAAAAGGCCAACGGUGCUGCAUAAGGGAAGGUGCGUUAACGUAACGGUUAGGUAAGGUCUACAGAUAAAAAUGAAGUAGAUAUACGCGCAAAAUUGUGGCGACAAAAUAUACUCUACCUAAAUCACGCUCGGUAAAUUUCAGUCAAUGAAAUCAUUUUCAAAGAAAGUUUAUAAAUAAACUUUCUCGCAUAUUUAAUUAGCUUUCCAUAAAUUACUUUACGAACAAUAAAAUAAAAUAAAACACGGCGUACAUGACGCCAUCGUAGUCUCGCUUAUCCCAGGGCCCUAUCAUCCAUCCUUCAUGCAGAGCCUAGAUUAAUUUUGUAGAUGAUUUACUUGCUUGCUUUGGCGCAUAAGCCCAAGAUAAAAUGCGUAAUCGCGUACCCAGGAAGCUAGAAACUAGGCGUACAUUCUAAGUGGCUUUUGUGGGAACUCGUUAUUGACACUUGGGUAAACACUACUACGAUCUUGGAAAUAAAGUAGAUAGUGCCGAACGCUAUCUUUCUUUUGUUCUGAAACAAUUUUAUGCAUAAAACGUUCCUAUGAACCUGCAUAAAACGUUCCUAUGAACCUGCAGAAAGGUCAAGGAACUACCCAUGCUCAAAUGAAGGACAGAUACAUUAACCUAAAUCUUGCUCUUAUGAGUUGAGUUAGCUUUUAUGCUUACGCGACUUUUUAGGUGUUUAGGACAGAUUAGGCACAAAUCCUGUGGAGAACG